GGAGCUGAGCUGUGUUGCUCUCUGAUGAGAAGGAAGCUCGCUGGAGCACCGGGAGUCUGGCUUUAACUCUCUUUGCCAGUGAGGGACAUCUUUGUAGACUGAAGUUUCAGAAAGUUGCAGGUUUGUGAUUUGUGUGGCGGUCUUCCUGACCCAAGACUAAGUGAGGCGGGAGCUUGUACAGCACCUGCCGCGAUGCACGGGAGAGCUCUGCACCCAGCCAGUCCUCCAGGGCCUCCAGUGGGAGCACUUGAGGCAGACCAAGGCCUUGCCUCCGGUUCCUCUAAUGUUUCAGACACUUAAAGAAUGGUUUUGGUUGGAAAGAUUCUGGCUUCCUCCAACAAUAAAGUGGUCAGAUCUUGAAGAUCACAAUGGACUCGUCUUUGUGAAACCCUCUCACUUGUAUAUGACCAUUCCAUGUGCUUUUGGCUUGAUAAUUAUCAGACAUUUUUUCGAAAAGUUUAUUGCUUCACCUCUAGCAAAAACAAUUGGCAUUAAAGAGGAAGUUCGAAAGAUUACACCAAAUACUGUUUUAGAGAACUUUUUCAAACAUUCCACAAGGAAACCAUCUCAAACUGAUAUUUAUGGACUGGCAAAGAAGUGUAACUUGACAGAGCGCCAAGUUGAAAGAUGGUUUAGGAGUCGGCGAAAUCAAGAUAGGCCUUGCAGGAUGAAGAAGUUCCAGGAAGCUUGCUGGAGAUUUACAUUUUACUUAACAAUUACCAUUGCUGGCAUUGCAUUUCUUUACGAUAAACCUUGGGUGUAUGACCUGUGGGAGGUUUGGAAUGGCUACCCCAGACAGCCCUUGCUGCCAUCCCAGUACUGGUACUACAUUUUGGAGAUGAGCUUUUAUUGGUCUCUCUUAUUUAGCCUUGGCUCUGAUAUCAAGAGGAAGGAUUUUCUAGCUCAUGUCAUCCACCACCUGGCUGCUGUUAGUUUGAUGAGCUUUUCUUGGUGUGCUAAUUAUGUUCGCAGUGGGACCCUCGUGAUGAUUGUACAUGAUGUGGCCGACAUUUGGCUGGAGUCUGCCAAGAUGUUUUCUUAUGCCGGAUGGAAGCAAACCUGUAACACCCUGUUUUUCAUCUUCUCCAUUGUAUUUUUCAUCAGCCGCCUCAUUAUUUUCCCCUUCUGGAUUUUGUAUUGCACGCUGAUUCUGCCUCUGCACUACCUUGAGCCUUUCUUUUCAUACAUCUUUCUCAACGUACAGCUCUUGAUCCUGCAAGGUCUUAGUCUUUACUGGGGUUACUUCAUCCUGAAGAUGCUCAAAAGAAGUAUAUUCACGAAGAACAUCCAGGAUGUGCGGAGCGAUAGUGAGAAUGAGCGUGAGGAGGAGGAGGAGGAGGAGGAGGCCACCGAAGGCAAAGAGACGGACUGUGUGAAGAAUGGCCUUGGGGCCUCCAGGCACCUCAUCCCCAACGGUCAGCAUGGCCACUAGCUGGAGGCCCGUGCAGCUCCCCGCGCGCAGUGCACCGCCAGGGCUGCUGGGAGGCAGGAGCACUCCCUCCUCCAUUGCUGUGGCCUCGGGACCCACAGGGCCUGCAGAUUCUCCCCUUCCCUCUUUCUCACCACCACCUUCCCCCCUCCUAAGAUGUAUUCAACCAAAUGUUGUUAAUUUGCGUUAAAAUGCUAAAUACAUGCAUCCCCGUGGAUUUUACUGGAGUGAGGACUUAGGUUUCAAAGAUUUCUCCAGACAACCUUUCCGGUUCUAAUUGUGCCCCGUCGUGCUUGUGAGACGUUUGGAGCCCACUUAGCUGGAGGCCUUCCCUUUCCCACCUCGCGUGUCCUCAGGAUGGUUUGAGAAGUGCUAAGUCAACCCACUUUUUCAGGUAUGUUUGGCCACAGAUAGCAGCUCUUUUCACAAAAAUGAACUAGAGGUGGCAGUGGGAUGGUGGUGGCAGAACCAAACCAGGGGGCUGGGCUUCCAGGGCCCCCGGGCCCCACUCUGCCAUGGGCAGUGUCUAAACCUUCCACGCUGCAUGCUUUGUCUCUCUGAUGGGAGUAAGCAGACCUGCCCUGCUCCCUCAUAGGGUUGGAGUAAGGAUCACAUGAGAUUAAUAACAGAAGUGAGAGAGCACACGGUAGGCUCUGGUGUCACUGUUACCUGACCCUCUUUUCACUGUGACCCCAGUCCAGUUUGGGAGAGAAGCCUGGUGGCACUUGGCACUGAAUAGGCCUGGACUUUUGUUCAGGCACAGGCGUGAAGAACUCUUUUUAAAUGUGUCUGGAGACACCUAGGAAUGCAAGUACCCAGGAAGCUGCUUUCACUUUAUUUGGUAACUGUUUAUUUGUUAGCUCCCCAAAGGUAAUUCUCAAAUCCCCUGGGUUCUCCUCCCUCAGUCUCCAAGGCCAAAGGGAGAGCGUUUGGGCCCCAUGCCUUCUUGUCUUUUGCCGGUUUCUCACUUCUUUCCUCUCUGAAAGGAGCACUUCUCUGUGUGGCCCUGGGCCCCUCCUUCAGGCCAGCACAGCUACCCAGCAGGCCGUGGGGUCCACCUGGGGGCCUCCCUGGGGGCGCUGGGCCCAGGUCAGGUUGCUCCCCAAGCCACUAUCACCCAGGAAGCCCAGUUUCUGGGGCAGGGCAUGCAUCUGAGCUCCUGACCAAAGGAGGUCUUAGAAACAGAAAGAGACCGCUGCACUACAAACCUCCGCUAUCGCACCAAAUCAGAGUGUGUCAUAGUAAAGCGGAACAAAACCAACGCUGGAAAACACCCCCGGGAAUGUCCAAGGACAGAUGCUUGUGUCAGUGUCAGCUCCUGGGGCUGCCUACCUCUCCGGGAGGACAGGGAGGGGCUGGCGGGUCAGUAGCCACCUCUUGGCCCCCACAGACCCAGCAUACAGGGCAGACCUCAGAGACUUUCUCAGGUUACUGCCUGAGGAGAGUCAGAGCCUUGCAGAGGAAGAGCCUGAGCAGAAUAUGCAACUUUUCCCCACCCAGUCUCUCAUAUUUUUUUGUCACAUUUUGCAUCUUUAUCCUGUUUUGCUCAGGGCCUGUAUUAUAAAGCCAAGUAAGUGGAAGCAAAGACCAUGGGGACUAGUAAAGCCCACACAGGCUCCACCGAUGGGGACUGCAGCCCCUGGAGCACAAAGGACACUGUUUAUGGUAAAGGUGUCUGCGUUCUGUUUUGUUUUUCAGUAAAAAGAUGUUUUUAAAACCUUCAGGCUAAACAAAAAUGAAAAGCUUCAAAAUCCUUUCCCAACAAAAUCUCUUUUUAAGAAAUUGUUAGAACAACAGAAAAACAUGUGCUAGGUUUCUCUGCAUAAUAUUUGUUUUUACGUGUACAGUAACAUUAUAUGUAUAAUGUAUAUUAUAAAUCUCAAAUGCCUGCAGUCACUUUAGGGCAUACCCGUUGAAUUAUUAUUAAUAUUAUAUUAUUUUUUUAUUUUGGUGAAAGAUCACACUAAGAUACUAUUUUUAUGUUCCAGUUAACAAUUUUUUCAUUGAUUUAUUUUGGUCUUGUCUCUGUAUCAAAUACUUUCUUGCUUGAGGUAAAAAAGUGUUUAGUUGUUGCUCUAUC